AUGGAGGGCAAGCUGGCACCCUACCCUCUGGUUGCUACAGCCUGGCCAGCCCCAAUCCAGCUUGUCAGCAAUACCCCCUACAUGCCCCAGGCAGCCAGCAACACCUCCCUGGACCUUGGAGACCUCCGAUGGCCCAGCUCUUUGCUGCUCUGGCUCAGCCUUCCCGCGAGCCUGCUGACUGUGGCCACACUGGCCCUGAGCCCUCUGCUGCUAGUGACCAUCGUGCGGAGUCGACGGCUGCGGCAGGACCCCCACUACCUGCUGCUGGCCAAUACCCUGCUCUCGGACCUGGCCUACCUUCUCUUCCACACGUUCAUCUCCUCCAGCAACCUGAGCAGCUGGGAGCCAGGCCGCAUUGCCUGUGGCAUUCUCACAGACGCUGUCUUUGCCGCCUGCGUCAGUACCAUCCUGUCCCUCACGGCCAUGGUGCUGCACACCUACCUGGCCAUUGCUCAUCCUCUGCGCUACCUCUCCUUUGUGUCCUGUGGGGCUGUGCGGAAGAUGGUGGCCCUCAUCUGGCUGGUGGCCUUCUUCUUUCCCACUUUUCUCCUCUGGUUCAGCAAGCAGCAGAAUGCCCAGCUAGGGCAGCAAGGGGCCUCGUGCAUCCUGCCGCUGAGCCUAGGCACCAGAGGCGGUGCCCCUCUGAUCCUCACCACCCACAUUUCCAUCCUAAGCAUUCUCUUCCUCUGCACGGCCCUCAUUGCCUACUGUUUCUGGAGGAUCUAUGCGGAGGCCAGGACAUCCGGCAUCUGCACGAAGGGCCACUCCCGGGCCAGGGGCACCCUGCUCAUGCAUGCGAUGCUCAUCUCACUCUAUGUGAGCGCAGGGGUGAUGUUCUCCCUGGACACUGUGCUGACCAAGUACCACCACAUCGGCACCAAGACUCAUGCAUGGCUCCUGGCAGCCAACGGCGAGGUGCUCAUGAUGCUUCCCCGCGCCAUGCUCCCCUACCUGUACGCACUCCGCUACCAGCAGCUGCUGGGGGUGCUCAGGGGCCUCUUCUCAGCCAAGAGGCACAAGACCAUCUUCACCAUGUCUCAGAGCUGCCAAGUACACAAUUGGGCAGGCCGAGGGAGCCCUUCCCUCCGUGCCAUGUCAAGGGCCACGGCUGAGAUGGCCAUGAACAUGGCCGGUGGGGUGGGAGCUUCUGAGGCCCAUGGGCAGCCAGGAGAGUCUCCAGAUCCCUGUUCUGUGCAGCUGUGGGCCCAUCACCAACCUGCCACGGCCCCUUCCCUGAUUGUGGAGUUCAGUGGAGGUGACUCCCAUCAGAUCCUGGAUCCUCCUGGACUGGAACCCCCUGCACCCAGUGGGCCCUGCUGGUCCUGCCGGCAGUGGGCACACGACUCAGGUGUGGCCAGUGAGAGGCCCCUGACCCAGACCUGGAAUCAGGAGCCAGUGACACCAGAGCAGGGGCAGCUGGCAGAGAUCAUCUGCACCACCUGUGUGGACAGCAUUGCGGCAGCUCCAACCCCCACCCAGGCACUCAGUCAAACCAGCCAGGAUAGGAUUCUGGCCCCUCUCGGGAGCAGCCCCCCACUAGCACCGGCACUAGCCGUGCGCCACCGCCACCGGAUCUUGGGAGCUGGACCCCGCGUGCAGACCCUUCGUCCUCAGCUCCCAGCAGAGAGCAGUCCUCACAGCUGCUGCUCCUACCCUAAGACCGCUGCAGUAGGGCACAGCACCAGCAGACCCCACGCAGAAAGCACUUGUAGGCCCGCUUCCGAAUCCUCGGUAGGACUCUCGCGGAGGCUCGGUGUGAUCGCGCCCUGCGAGAAGGUUGGGGUCCGCCGGGCAGGGUGCUCGGGGCUGCAGGGAAGGGGCGCCCCCACCUGUGUGCUCAAGGAGUUGGGACCGCAGCGGGGGCGCAGUGCGGACGCGGGGAGGGGAGAGGACCGGGCCCGAGGGAGGCAGAAACGCACAGAAACAGAGACGCGGGGGAAACACGAACAAAGCGAGACGCCGCGAGGUCCGGGCGGCGGCGGCCUCGGCGUCGCAGCCCCCCGCCCCCAGCCCGGCGCGCGUCACCUCGGCCCCCGCGGCGCGCGCCUGGCUCCGGGCCCGGCCCGGCCCUCGCGGCGCCCUCUGGCGGCUUAA